GCUAUUAUGAUUUGCCAAUGUUAACGUGUCACUCAAGGCAAGCGCUAUUUCAUGUGUAUCGUGGUAUCUAAUUGUGAAAAUUAUACGUUUGUAGUGAAGUGAAACGAAUGGAACAAGCUCCCAAAACGGACAGUCUCACAAGAAGACAUUUCGCGAGACUACACGAACGAAUACAAAGCAAAUAUGACGAAAUGCAAAGAAAACUCGAAAAAUCGAAAUCUGUUGAUUCGCUGUCAUCGCUCAAAGAAGAUUACGUAUACAAAGACAACAGAUACGCAACGAGCAACAAUGAUAUCAGUAAGAUGGAAGAAAUGACAAACGAUACAUCACACAAAAAAAGUCAUGUGAAACAUAGCAUUAUUAUAGAAGAAAUUCGUGGUAAAGAUGUAGCAAAUGAAUAUGUCACUUUGAGACAAGCAAGCAUAUCGGAAUCAGAAAACACACCUAUUUUCUUUGCAGAAUACGACAACGACAGCGACGCAAACAAAUUUUUUGGUGAUGAUUUUUCUAAACUAAGUCUCGAAUCAUUAAAUGAAGUUGCUAGAGAAAGCGACGAAUGCCAAACACCCACUCCCGAACCUCCUACGACAUCAAUAAGGAGAAAAUUUGGCUCGAGAAUAACAGCUGUUAAAGAGAGAAGGCGGGAGGCUGAGAAAGAAAAAAAUGCGAUUCGAGGGAAAAAUGAGAAAAAAACAGCCAGAGAAAAAGUGGAAAAGUUUAUUUUCAGUAACACCCCCAACCAAGACGUUCUAAAAACUUACAAAAGGACAAAAAUCGCAACUGUGACCAUCGCUUUAAUUGAAGCUACUGGUUUGGAAAAUGACAUAUCGGACGACAAGACUCGAUUAUUAAACUGUCGCUUUCGAUUAGGUUCAGAGAAACACAAGUCGAGAGUAAUAAAAACCAACGCAACGGAAGUCAAAUGGCAGGAGUUGUUCAAUUUCAAUUUAUACGAAGAUACAUGUUUGGAAAUAACAUUAUGUGACAAAAACUUUGCUAUUGGCAAGAGCCAAAUUGAGUUAUCAGAAUUAGAUAAAGAGAGGACACACAAAAUGAAAAUAAACUUGGAUUGUGAAGUGGGACGCAUACAAAUAUUUAUGUUGUUAACAAUAAGUGGGUUUUCUUUCAUGAGCCUGGAAGAUUAUCAGGAAACUGAGAGACAAAUCGAGGCUAUUACGCAAAAAUCUUCAUCAAAUUCGAAAGUCAAGCCCGUUGAUGUAGGUUUGCUCACCGUUAUAGUUUACGGAGCAAAAGGUCUAUCAGGCCACGAAUGCUACUGCGUACUGGAACUUGACAACGAAAGGCUACAAACAUAUACCGAGAGUAAAACAAAUGACCCAAAUUGGACGAAGAUAUUUAACUUUCAAGUGACUGAUAUUGCCUCAACUUUAGAAAUCUCUAUACAUGAUGAGAAGAAAUCUGAGAGCAUAGGAAGCUGUUUGCUACCCCUACUUUCUAUCGAAAAUGGCAAGAAAAAGUGGUACGCGCUGAAAGACAACGAUCUAAGAGAAAGGGCCAAGGGGAAUAAUCCAAGAAUAUUGUUGGAAAUGAGACUCACUUGGAAUCUGGUGAAAGCAUCAGUCCGGGCUAUAAACCCUAAACAAGUGAAGUAUUUAGAACCAGAAGAAAAACUAGAUAGGCAUACAUUCAGCAGAAAUCUAGCGAGAGCGAAAGUCGUUCUGGCUUGGAUUCUGGACAGCUUUCAGGUAACGAAAACUUGUUUCGAAUGGGAAUCGAGGAAAAUGAAUGCAAUAGCGCUGUCAAUAUGGCUGCCGUUCUGUUGGUUCUUCAAGAUUUGGAUGGUACCUCUACUACUGCUCAUACCCUUCGUGUGGUACCGACCCCCUAAAUACUUCCUUCUUAGUUGGAAGGACUAUCUGCUUCGGAGAUCUGGAUCACAGGAUGAUGGGAAAAAGGAAAAAGUGGAAGAGAAGAAAGAAACAUUGAGACAAAAAAUAAACAGCUUGCAAGAGAUGGUACAAAGUGUACAAAACUUUCUGGGGAAAUUCGCUAACCUCGGUGAAAGUAUUAAAAAUUUGUUCAACUUCACGGUGCCUUUUCUCAGUCUUCUGGCGAUAUUUUUGAUUCUAGUGGUCGGUCUCGUCAUGUUCUUAAUACCCACCAAAUACAUCUUCAUGAUUUGGGGUAUUCAUAAGUUUACUAGAAAAAUAUUGCGGCCGAAUCGAAUAGCGAAUAAUGAGAUCCUAGAUUUGCUAUCCAGAGUGCCGAACGAUGAAGUAUUGCUUAAUUGGGAACAGUUACCUUUAGAAGAAUUACCAGAAGAAGAUGAAAUAAAUUAAGAUCUAAUAACGUAAACAAUUAUUUAUAAGUAUUUAUAUUUAUUUAUGAGCUUCUAUUGACAUUAUU